AUGCAUAGUCAAUUUGGAGAACCCUUAGGUGCCGCACCUCUUAGCCAAGCAGGUACACUUGCCAUUCAUGUUCUACUUCUAUUGUUCCUGACAUCUCUGUUUGUGAUGGAUGCGGCUAUUCACUAUGUAUGCCUUUGUGUUGGCUCUGGGUUACGAAAGCAUAUUAGCCACGUUUCUAAGUUUGGCAAGGUAGACAUGAGGCGUAGCCUGCCACUUUGCCUGCACUCGACCCCCAUGUAUCUCCUGAGUUCAGGAAAGCUGUCGCAGUAUGAGCAAGAGGCUUACGAGUCACACCGCCGUUUCACGGAGUCACAAACUUACCCUGGUCCGAUUAGGGCGGCAACUCCUGGUGAUACACGAUUUUACAUGGGAAGUGCUGAGACUAUUUUGCGGGAAAACGAGCGGCACUACUGGCGUGCUGUCAUUGAUGAUCCACACGUGCAACACCUUGUGCCUCUGCGUAUUCGCUUCAAAACAUUCAUCUGGGUCACUAGUGGGUGGGAGCAGCGGAUGCAAGUCGUGCAAGUGAUGAUGCAGCGCGAUGCAACCAUUGCCGAACUCAUGCAACAGGUAAGGAUUGAGAAUCAGUCGCCCUAUUUGUGCAUAUCUUCAUUUAAGCUGAGUAUCGAUGGCAAAGAUUUAGAUGACAUGAAAACUCUUGCUGAUUACGGUAUCAAUGAAUAUUCUCGCAUAGACGCUAUUGAGGAAAAUGAUUAUCUGCUACACACAGAAGCUGAGAAACCAAAGGAUUGGAACGUGGAUGAAAUGAUGGAGGAUGUGCUGUUAAGGAGUCCGUACAAGGAGAUGGCAAUGCAGCCGCUCCCGAAUUUGGCUCCACGCUACGAGGCAAAACCGAAGGGCUACCACGGAAAGAAUGACUACAGUGGGAUGAAACAGUCGUCAUGA